AUGGCAGCUCUGCAACCGCCAAAGACGCUGAUUCCUCUCAUUGACAAGCACAAGAACGACUGCUCCCAGCAAGGGAUCUGCAGCUUACUCUGCCCACAACUCUGCUUGAAAGCCAUCUUCCCCAACCCCUCACCGCCAUCUCCACCCAACCAGGAAUUCUCCAACGCUCCAACCACCAACUUCUCCCCCAUCGUCAUCGCCAUCAUCUGCAUCCUCGCCGGCGCUCUCCUCCUCCUCUCCUACUACACCCUCAUCUCCAAGUACUGCCGCGGCCACACCACUGAGGAUCCUGACACGAGCAGAAGCAGGGGAAGGGGGCGGAGAAGAAGGCAGAACAAUCUCAUCCACCACAAUCACACCGGUGACGAAGACGACGAAUUCGGCGCUGCUGGUGAUGUCAUGAACUCCUCGCUUCACGAGCCGUGGCAGUGGCACGUGUCGCUGACUACCGGUCUGGAUGAAGCACAGAUCAAGUCCAUAACGGUCUGCAAGUAUAGGAAGGAAGAUGGGUUGUUGGUUGCGGGUGGCAGCGGCAGAGGAGGAACAGAGCAUCACUGCUGCUCUGUUUGUCUGAGUGAGUUUCGCGAUGGCGAGAGCUUGAGGCUGCUGCCCAAGUGUAGCCAUGCUUUCCACCUGGAUUGCAUUGAUACUUGGCUUAGGACUCACUCCACCUGCCCCUUGUGUAGAGCCAAUAUCUUCUUCUUUGGUACUGAAACUCCCGCUGCUGCUGCGGCUGGUGAUGGUGCGGGAAGGGUUGAGCUUGUCGUUGAAGGAGCAGAACAGAGUGAGAAUGAGUACUCCAACGGUGGGGUAAAUGAAGACAGAGAUGAACGGCUGCGGCCAUCGGAGCAAGUGGUAAGGAGGUGUGCUUCUAUGGAUCAUUUGUGCCUUCGGAUCGGCAGCGGUGGUUAUGAUCGCGGAGUGUCAAGGGAGGAAGAAGAAAGGAGUAAGCAUGAGUUUUCGAGUCAGAGUAGUAGCAGCAGGAGAGUGGUGGAUACGGUGAAGAGAUCGUUUUCAAGUGGGAGAUUAUUCUCUCUCGCUCGCCAUGGAAACAGACCUUGCGUCGUCCAUCCUGCCACUGUUCCUUCCACUUCCACAAGUAAUGUUUAG